CAUGGCCUAGAAACGCUGCUAGUGUGGAAAGGGCCGGGAGGCCGGGCGUCACUUGUCGCCCUCUGGUCCGUUGGGGCCUCGGGAGGACGCGGCUCCUGGCCGGAGCCCUCGGGCGCGUGCCUAACGCCCCUGGCUCGCGUGAAAAGCUCUUCGGGCGGCGCCUAGCAGAUGGGCGCCUGGGCACUGUAGCCUUGGGCGCUGCCCGUCGCCGAAUGUCAUUGUCGACCAAAGCAGUCUCCGAGACGCGUCCCACCGGCGCGAUAUCGAGAAGCCCUCUGCCUCUGAAAGCCCUGUGCCCCCAAGGGAUGCUGUUGCUCAUAAAACGUGAAGGAAGAGCUUGCGGUUGAGAAUGCUAACGCCUACCUUUGAAGGAAUGGAUGGAUUGUUACUGAAACAGUAUCUAGUUCAAAAUCCAGUGGGACUCUGGCGACUUUUAGGUGGCACUUACUAUUUUAGUACCUCAAGGAUGAGGCAGAAGAAUAAAGACAAUGAUAAAUCCAAAGGGAAGGCCCCUGGAGAUGACGAAGAGGAGAGGCGGCGCAAAGAGCGAGAAGACCAGAUGUACCGCGAGAGGCUGCGCACGCUGUUCGUCAUUGCUGUGGUCAUGAGCCUGCUGAACUUGCUCAGCUCCAGCGGUGGCAACAUCUCAUGGAACGACUUCGUCAGUGAGAUGCUGGCCAAGGGCGAGGUGCAGCGUGUGCAGGUGGUGCCCGAGAGUGACGUGGUGGAGGUCUACCUGCACCCGGGGGCCGUGGUGUUCGGGCGGCCGCGGCUGGCCUUGGUGUACCGGAUGCAGGUGGCAAAUAUUGACAAAUUUGAGGAGAAGCUGCGUGCGGCUGAGGAUGAGUUGAACAUCGAGAGCAAGGACAGGAUCCCGGUCUCCUACAAGCGCACAGGGUUCUUUGGGAAUGCCCUCUAUGCCCUGGGGAUGACAGCAGUGGGCCUGGCCAUCCUGUGGUACAUGUUACGCCUGGCUGGGAUGACAGGAAGGGAAGGCGGAUUCAGCGCGUUCAAUCAGCUUAAGAUGGCUCGCUUCACGAUGGUGGAUGGAAAGUCGGGGAAAGGAGUCAGCUUUAAAGAUGUGGCCGGAAUGCACGAGGCCAAGCUGGAGGUCCGGGAGUUUGUGGAUUAUCUGAAGAGCCCCGAGCGCUUCCUCCAGCUUGGAGCCAAGGUUCCGAAGGGCGCACUGUUGCUUGGGCCUCCGGGCUGUGGGAAGACGUUGCUGGCCAAAGCGGUGGCCACGGAGGCCCAGGUGCCCUUCUUGGCGAUGGCUGGUCCAGAGUUCGUGGAGGUCAUUGGCGGCCUAGGUGCCGCCCGUGUGCGCAGCCUCUUCAAGGAAGCCCGUGCCCGGGCCCCAUGCAUAGUGUACAUCGAUGAGAUCGAUGCUGUGGGCAAGAAGCGCUCCACCUCCAUGUCCGGCUUCUCCAACACAGAGGAGGAGCAGACUCUCAACCAGCUCCUGGUGGAGAUGGACGGUCAGUGCUCAUGUGCCACCCGCCACAAAGAGGGAAUGGGCACCACAGACCACGUCAUUGUCCUGGCCUCCACAAACCGAGCUGACAUCCUGGAUGGUGCUUUGAUGAGGCCUGGGCGCCUGGACCGGCAUGUCUUCAUCGAUCUUCCCACGCUGCAGGAGCGGCGAGAGAUUUUCGAACAGCACCUGAAGGUCCUGAAGCUAACCCAAGAGAGCAGCUUUUACUCGCAGCGGCUGGCGGAGCUGACGCCAGGAUUCAGUGGCGCUGACAUCGCCAACAUCUGCAAUGAGGCCGCGCUGCACGCUGCCCGGGAGGGGCGCUCAUCCGUGCACACGCUGGACUUUGAGUACGCCGUGGAGCGGGUCGUGGCAGGGACGGCCAAAAAGAGCAAGGUCCUCUCCAGGGAGGAGCAGAGGGUGGUGGCCUUUCACGAGUCAGGCCACGCCCUGGUGGGCUGGCUGCUGGAGCACACAGAAGCCGUGAUGAAGGUCUCCAUCGCACCUCGGACGAACGCCGCGCUGGGUUUCUCGCAGAUGCUGCCCCGUGACCAGCAUCUCUUCACCACUGAGCAGCUGUUCGAGCGCAUGUGUAUGGCCCUGGGUGGUCGUGCAGCCGAAGCUAUCUCCUUCAGCCGGGUCACUUCCGGGGCCCAGGACGACCUGAGGAAAGUCACGCGCAUCGCUUACUCCAUGGUGAAGCAGUUUGGGAUGGUGCCCAGCAUCGGGCCCAUCUCCUUCCCUGAGAUACAGGAAGGCCUCGUAGGCAUCGGGCGGUGCCCCUUCAGCCAGGGCCUCCAGCAGAUGAUGGACCAUGAGGCAAAGCUGCUGGUGGCCAAGGCCUACAGGCACACAGAGAAGGUGCUUCUGGACAACCUGGACAAGUUGCAGGCGCUGGCGAAUGCCCUCCUGGAAAAGGAAGUGAUAAACUAUGAGGACAUUGAGGCCCUCAUUGGCCCACCGCCCCACGGGCCCAAGAAAAUGAUAUUUCCACAGAGGUGGAUUGAUGCCCAAAGGGAGAACCAAGUGGCUGGGGAGGAGGAGGCCGCCCGACUGCCCCCACCCCAUGGGGAGGAGCUCUGCUGGCCUGGGUGCGGGAAUUGGAUGGUCCUCGCCUGCUGCCCAAGAUGCCUCUUACCUGCACGUACGCGUGCCUCCUCUGCAAGCCCUAUUUAUUGAUGUCUAGACCUGUGACAAGUAAAUGUCUUUGCAGAAGCAACUGGU